UGGGAGGACUGCAUAAAUAGCGAGUGAGAUGCGGCUGAGGAUGAGAUGAGUGGAGGAGCAGCAGAGGAAGUGGGAGGCACAGUUUGUGGUAGCUGCUCAUAACUCACUGCAACUGUUCGCUGUGGUGGCAACUGGACUCUGACUGAGCUACAAUUUCAACUCUCUUCUCACUCACAACUUUAUUUUUUUUCGCCUCUCCCGUGCAUGCGUGUUGUUUCUUCACCUGCACUGUGCUCCAAGUUUGUCGGCGCGUCCCUGCCUGUUCGCUGCAAACCAAGAGGGGAAACAUUCACUGCGUUCCUUCCGCUGCUUGUUUUUGAACUGAUUUGAAAGCAAGAUGAUGAUAAUAAUCGCGGAGUUUUUCGUGGUUAUUUUGAAGGUGCUCUGGGCUUUUGUAACUGCCGGGGCGAAAUGGGUUGUGCGUCCCAAGGAGAAGAGCGUGGCGGGACAGGUAUGCGUGAUCACCGGGGCCGGAAGCGGCCUCGGGCGGCUCUUCGCCAAGGAGUUCGCCCGGAGACGAGCGAUACUGGUGUUAUGGGACAUAAACAGCCAAAGCAACGAGGAAACAGCGGAGAUGGUGCGGCAGAUAUACCAUGAACUGGACACUCCCAUAACCAAAGACGGGCCUGUUGGAGGGGUCGAAGAGGUCCCACCUUUCCAGCCGCAGGUCUACACCUACGUGUGUGAUGUGGGAAAGCGGGAGAGUGUGUACUCCACAGCUGAGAAGGUGCGUCGAGAGGUGGGAGAUGUGGACAUACUGAUCAACAACGCUGGCGUCGUCUCUGGCCACCAUCUCCUGGAGUGCCCUGACGAGCUGAUUGAGCGCACCAUGGUGGUCAACUGCCAUGCCCACUUCUGGACCACCAAGGCGUUUCUCCCCAAGAUGCUGGAGCUGAAUCAUGGUCACAUUGUGACGGUUGCCAGCUCCCUGGGUUUAUUCAGCACAGCUGGAGUGGAGGAUUACUGUGCCAGUAAAUUCGGUGCCAUUGGGUUCCACGAGUCACUGAGCCAUGAGCUGAAGGCCUCAGAGAAGGAUGGCAUCAACAUGACGCUGGUGUGCCCUUACCUGGUCGACACGGGAAUGUUCAAAGGCUGCAGGAUAAGAAAGGAGAUCGAGCCUUUUCUGCCUCCCCUGAAGCCAGAAUUCUGCGUCAAACAGGCCAUGAGGGCCAUCCUCACUGACCAGCCCAUGAUUUGUACACCUCGCAUCGUCUAUAUGGUCAACUUCAUGAAAAGCAUCCUGCCCUUUGAGGCCAUUGUGUGCAUGUACCGGUUCCUAGGCGCCGACAAGUGCAUGUACCCCUUCCUAGCUCAGCGAAAAGAGGCCAUGAACAACAACGAGGCGAAGAAUGGGAUCUAGGGGGCGCUGUUUGUAACACGAACAGAGGCACAUAAACCUGCAAGCAUGAGGAAACAACCACUGAGGAUGAAAAUGGGGAAGACGGAAGGAAGGAAAGAAGAAAAGACUGAAUCUAGACUGGUGCACUUGCAUUGAGCAAAUGCAAAGGUUAACCAUAUUGUUCCUCUGGAACAAAGAAAGCUGUGUACUACACAAAGGAUUUAUUUGACUUUGUUUUGUCUUUUUUUAAGUUUGUUUAAAGAAACCAACAUCUAUAUACUGUGUCACUAGUUUUUGAAAUCAUACAGAAAAGCUAUCCUAUAAUUAACUAUUUACGUAAUGUAGUCACCGGCCUUAUCUAGUGUCAUUGUGGAAAUAUACAGUAUGUUACUGUACAAACAGUAAAAAUUUUUGUUUUUCACUUAUUUUAUUUUUGUAGACAUGCACUGUAAUUUCAGAUUUUUCUCUACACUGCCAGCAUUACUCUGUGUAGGAGGAUACAAUGCAGCAUUUCAAACUACACGUCUCCCCACGCAGAGGCUCUUUGUAAGGCAGUCAGGAAAUUUGUUUGCAGCUUUAGAAGGCUCUGAUUAUAGUUUGUGCCAUUCAUAAUAAAAAAGCAAGAUAAAUACGUCACUAUUAAAGUUUACCAUAUUUCGUUGUCGUUGCUCAAGUUACAUACAUGUAGCAUAAAUGUUGAUAAUGAAGUCUACGCAUUCCAAAUGGGACAUUCAAUGGCCAGACUGGGCUGACUUAUUUUUUUACAGGGGUUUUCUGUGUUAUGAGACUCAACGCUGUCCCUUUAAUGGUCUUGUUAUUUCAGGCCUGUGUCGACUAAAAUCUGAAAUAAAAAGCUGGGGAGGGAGUCUGCAGGUUGAAUUAGCAAGAGGGGUGUAAAUCACAAGUUUCAUCAAGAUACAAGAUAUAUCGAUUCUUUGGACAGUGAUGUUUGCUGAUAUCACAAAGUCUGCCAUGAUAUGAUUUCAGUUCAAUUCAGGGGCCUGCGAUCGAUAGGAGACGAUAUCAGUAAAUGUCUUUGUUUGGCUGCUUGUCUACCUGGCGCUUGGCCGCUAGCACUGUUUGAAUGUUUAAGAAAGAGGUGUGCUUGGGCAGAAAUGGUAACACAAACGUGAAGGGAAUUUCAAAAUAAAGGCGUAUUUUAGGAUGACGAUAUGUAUCGAUGUUUUCACCCAGCAUUGGAGGUGAAUGAAUCGAUCUUUAUCGAUCCAGAUCGAUGUAUCGUCACACCCCUAACUAGCAUGUGUGACACAUUCAGAAUGUACUGCUUUGGGAGAAACUGAGAGAAAAUGAAUUCAUACUUCUCUCAUUUGUCUUUAUUUUCAAGAUCUGUGGUGUUUAUAUUGUAAAUGUAUCUGUUACCAAUAUUAUUUGUUAAAUAAAAACAACCCAACAUAGGCUGUAACUCCAGGCUGUCCCAACACUGACAUGUGGUUGAGGGAAAUGUAUUAAAGACACUAGCUUUCCAUUAUUUUUUCCAAAGUAACACUUUAACUAUCCUGUCCAUAGUCCACCAUGUCCAGUUAAAGUGAAUUGUAAAUGUUUAAAUGUUGUGAAUACCCCAGUAUCCCAAAAUGACUGUCUCUACCAUAUUUGAUGUAUGAAUAUUUUAUAUACCUUUGGGACAACAAGAGUUUUUGAAAUUCAACUACAUUCCAAUAGGCGUCAUCCCUUCAGUCACAGCGAUGAGCCUAAAUUCUCUACCUCUUAAUUUUUGCCAUUUUUUUGACAGUAUGACAUAAGCCUCUUUUUUUUUGUAAUUUUCUGAAGACCGCUCCAUAGCAGAGCAAAUGUGGUUCCAAUGUUUAGUGUCUCUACCUAACUUAAAUUAAUAAAAGUGAUUUAGAUUAUUAAA